AUGCCUGGAGAAACUCCAAUUCACAGCCAAACUCGCACUGCAUGCGGGGGAGGAUGCCGCUGCCGACGUCGCGAGUCGUCUUCGCCACCGGGGCGCAAGACGGCCUACAUCGCCCUGGGCAGCAAUCUCGGUGAUCGCAUCGCAUGGAUUGAGCAGGCCUGCGGUGAGAUGGAUCGUCGGGGCAUUCAUGUCAGGAGGACAAGUAGUUUGUGGGAGACCGAGCCCAUGUACGUCCUAGAGCAAGACAGUUUCCUCAACGGAGUCUGUGAGGUGGAAACACAUCUCGAGCCCCUGGCUCUCCUUGAUGAACUUCAGGACAUCGAGAGGUCCUUGGGUCGCCGCAAGCUGAUCGACAAGGGGCCUCGGAAUAUCGAUCUCGACAUUCUCCUCUACCAGGACGAAAAGAUUGAUCAUGAGAGGCUCAAAGUACCCCACAUUGGCAUCCCAGAGCGGGAAUUUGUCUUGCGACCUCUGGCCGAGCUUAUUCCGGGAAAAUCCAUUGACCCAGCAAAACCAUGGAAACUCACCAGCGACUAUCUCAACGAGCUACCACCUGGGCCCCAACCUCUCUCUUCACUGACCCCUCUCACCCGUGACACCUCAUCAUCGUCGGCCCCUCAAAUAACGGCGCUUUCUCCAACUCGCAAGACCCACGUCAUGGCCAUCGUAAACAUCACCCCUGAUUCUUUCUCCGACGGCGGUGUGAACAACCCCGAGAAUCUCCCCGAUGCUCUCGUCUCUGCCGUCCGCGCCGGCGCCACCAUAAUUGACGUUGGCGGCCAAUCCACCGCUCCGGGCCGUCCGCAAGUCCCCUUGGAAGAGGAGCUUGCCCGCGUGGUCCCCACGAUCAAGCUCAUCCGCUCUCUCCCCGAGCUCAAGCACAUCGUCGUCAGCGUUGAUACCUACCGCGCUGCCGUCGCCGAAGCCGCUGUUCACGCCGGUGCCGACAUUGUCAACGACGUCAGCGCCGGCACCCUCGACCCGGACAUGCUCCCCACUGUGGCCCGCCUCGGGGCGACAAUCUGCCUCAUGCACAUGCGCGGCGACCCCCGCACCAUGAGCGGCCUGAACGACUACCCGGAUGACAACGGUGGCCUUGUGCGAACCGUGGCCGAGGAGCUGCAGAAACGCGUGGAGGCUGCGGAGGCUGCGGGUAUCCGGCGGUGGCGCAUCGUGCUAGACCCGGGGCUGGGCUUCGCCAAGGUGGGCGACCAGAACCUCGAAGUCCUGGCGCGCCUAGACGAACUGCGAACGUGGCCGGGGCUCCAAGGCCUCCCAUGGCUGGUCGGGUCCAGCCGCAAGAGCUUCAUCGGCCGCAUCACGGGCGUUCCCAAGGCCCAGGAGCGUAUCUGGGGCACGGCGGCUACGGUGGCGGCAGCUGUUGCAGGCGGAGCGGACAUUGUGCGGGUGCACGAUGCCGUGGAGAUGUCGCAAGUGGUGGCCAUGGCUGAUGCCAUUUGGAGGCGGCGAUGA